AUGAGAAAAAUGUUUGCAGCCCAGAUGGAUUUACAGAAGGAGUUAGUCCAGAAUAAGCAACUCAAAAAAGAAACAGUGAAAUUGCCUAAGAUUGACAUACCGUCUUUCAAUGGCAAUAAGUUAUAUUGGAUUGAAUUCUGGGAUUCUUUUGAGAGUGCCGUGCAUAAUAAUGACCGACUUUCAGAAGUUGACAAAUUCAAUUAUUUGAAAAGUAAACUUACUGGAGAAGCAAAGCAUACAAUAACUGGCCUUUCAUUGUCCAAUAAGAAUUAUGAAAUUGCUAUACAGACAUUGCAUAAAAGAUUUGGCGAUCGACAGGAGACAAUAGACCUGCACUAUAAGGCACUAAUAGAUAUAUUUCCAGUUAGAAAUUCUGUGGAGAGUUUGCGACAGUUCAUGGAUAAAACAGAAAAACAUCUUCGUUGUCUAGAAGUUCUCAACCAAGAUACAAAUCAAGAAGUUUUUGUUUCAAUGCUCAGAAGAAAGCUACCAAAUGACGUACUCCUUCAAAUGGAAAUUAUGAAGGGAGUAGAUAAAAAAUGGUCUGUAAUUACAUUUCGUGAACUACUUCGACAAUACAUUGUAGCAAAAGAAAAGGCCGAAAUUACAGAUAAAGCAAAAUCAAAAUUUGAGAACAGAGAUUCAGUUCGUCCGAAUUCAAAUCCGAGGUACAGCAUGAAAGGGUUCUCAAAGCCUUCAAUACAUAGUGCCUCAUCAAGUUCAUUGAUUACAAGUGAAAAGCAAGAAAAAACAAAAGUUAUAUCUGCGAAGUGUAGAUAUUGUGACAGAAAUCAUUGGAGUGAUGAGUGCACGAAGUACCCAACAAUUGAAGAUAGAAAGAAACGUAUCAAAGGCAGUUGUUACAGGUGUUUAAAGGAAGGACAUAUCUCCAGUCAGUGCAAAUCAUCAAAAACGUGUGUCUAUUGUGGUCAAGUAGACGUGCACCAUAGAAGUUUAUGUGAAAAGAAAUUUAAAGAAAAGAAAAAUAAAGAAGAAUCCUGA